UACAUUGAUAUCGAGAGUAUCGAAAUCCGGACAGUCCUGAGGGAGAUUCUGAAGAGUGUCUCGGGAAUUAGGCUUCGGGAAAGCCCAUGGUAUGCUACUCGUCGCUUCCUCUACUUCAUUCACCACCACCCGAAAUCCGGGGUUCUAAGAAGCGGCUGGUAUCACGAUAUGCCGUUUUGUGUGCUCGCUACAGUAAUAAACCAAUAGGUCAAGCCGAAUCUCCUGUUCAACUAUCUAUUACAGUUUGCCAACGAGCUUUCAAAGGCGAGGCCUGUUCCCGAGGGGCAACGGAACAAGACCCUUACCUCCCAUCUCACUCUGUUCCACGAUUAUAUCUCAGCCGAAUAUGCCUCCACCAUUAAGAGGCUCUACCCUCUUUUGCAACAUCACGAGAUUACUUUCGACCUCCUUUGGGCUUUAUUCCUUCCAAAAACCCUGAUUUACACCAUCUGCGCUGCCUCCAGACAGCCCAGAUUCCCUGAGCUCAACUGGGGUGAGUAGAAGGAACCCCUAGACCGCGGUGAAUCCCCCCAAUUAGAUUGCCCCUACGUUGACUACGGGGGCAAAACCUAUGGGGAGGCCGGCGCCCUUCUCGAAAUUGACGAAUUCAGGGGCCCGAGAGGAAUCGAUAGCCUUGGGGUAUUUCCCUUGGCGUAUCACGAGGACGAAGAGGAUGUCAGAGAAAGGCUUAUUGAGCGUGGAGGAAAGUUCGGAUCCCUAAAGGACAUGCAUUACAGGUAUUAUGAGGGUCUCGCUUUCUUCAAGUGUAAAAGGGGGGUUGUGAAGGUAGAUGUGAAAGGACGCAUUAUGGUUGACCCGAGCAUCUUUAGAAGGAUCAAUCCCACUAUUGGAUGGGUCCCGUAAAAGAGUCUUACCCCCCCACACAUCCCCCGUCAACGCCGAUGAUUCGGAAAACGAAAACGAGGAUGAGGGCGAGAUCUAUGGCUCAAGCAGCAUAGUUAAACUUGGGCGUGGUAUUGUGGCUGCUGCUGUAAAGCGAACAAUUUGGACAAACCCUCGGAGAAGCUACAUACUUGGCCCUCAUAGGAAGAUCAAGCUAGUGGGUGCAACCCUGGACGCAACAAAGAAGAAGUUUGUAGAGGCCGGAAAGACAGCUGAAGGUAUAAAGGACGCACUGUUCCCUGAGGAGAUGACAGAGGAACAGUUUCUCCUAUGCUCGCCUACAGUACUGGGGUUCACCUUUGGGAUAAGCUAUGGAGUGAGUUAUGCCAUCGAUUAG